AUGGGUAAAAUAAAGAAGAAGGGCCAGUCUGGUCAAGCCAAAAACUACAUUACUAGGACGCAGGCAGUGCGCAAGCUUCAGAUCUCCUUGCCUGAUUUCCGUCGCCUAUGUAUCUUCAAAGGAAUUUAUCCCCGUGAGCCUCGGAGCAAGAAGAAGGCCUCGAAGACUUCCACCCCCAACACCACAUUUUACUACACCAAGGACAUUCAAUAUCUUCUGCACGAGCCGCUGCUUCGGAAAUUCCGUGACCAAAAGUCGGUCGCCAAGAAGAUUGCUCGCUCUCUUGGGCGCGGAGAAGUCGGCGACGCAUCUCGCUUGGAGAAGAACCAUGCGCCCAAACUGAGCCUGGACCAUGUUAUCAAGGAGCGCUAUCCGACUUUCAUUGAUGCUCUGAGAGAUUUGGACGAUGCCUUGUCCCUUCUGCAUCUGUUCGCUAGUCUUCCCUCGACCACGCAUGUUCCCCCCAAGACCAUCUCGCUUUGCCAGCGCCUAUGCCACGAGUUCCAGCAUUUCCUGAUCACCACCAACUCGUUGCGCAAAUCCUUCCUUUCUAUUAAGGGAAUCUAUUACCAGGCGACUAUCCAGGGUCAGGACAUCAUGUGGUUGGUCCCCUAUCGCUUCGUGCAGCGCGUCAACGGAGACGUCGAUUACCGGAUCAUGGCCACCUUCGUCGACUUUUACACAACCCUUCUGGGAUUUGUUAACUACCGCCUUUACUCCACUAUCGGUCUUAGAUACCCGCCCAAGUUCGACACCCGAAGCGAUGAGAACGGUGCCGAGUUGGCGGCCUUCACCCUCGAGGGCCACGCGGUUGCCGACACUCCCAAGGCCAUUGAAGCAAACAACAAGGCGAAGAGCACCUCCGAUAACCAGGAAGUCUCGCGGGAAGUGCAGGCGAAGGUUGACAAGGUGAUCAAGAAGGCCAAGUUGAACCAGGCGACGAAUGAUCAAACCAUGGACACGACGGAGGAAUCCACCGAGGCGAUCGACAAAUUUGAGCCCACGGCUCCCGAGGCCGAUACACUCCCGCAGCCCGAUCUAACCGUGGACGGUGCCGGCUCCUUGUUUGCUCCCUACACCGUCUACAUUUCCCGAGAGGCUCCUAAGGCUCCUCUGGAGUUCAUUCUGCGCGCCUUCGGAUGUAAGCGAAUCGGUUGGGAUACCGUCCUGGGUGAUGGAGCUUUUACGCACAACGAGGCGGACACCCGCAUUACUCACCAAAUCGUGGACCGACCUGCAUUGCCUGAAGGAUCUCUUCCCGCUGUCCCUGCUGCGUCGCAGGAUGGCGCUGGUAAGGUCAAGCCCGGUACACGGAUCCCCGGUCGUACCUACGUUCAGCCCCAGUGGGUUUGGGACUGUAUCAACGAAGGAAAGCUUCUCCGUCCCGAUCUCUAUGCCCCGGGUGCUACUCUUCCCCCUCACUUGAGUCCUUGGGUCAAGCCUUCCAAGGGUGGCUACGACCCUCGCGCCAGCUUGGCCGAGCAGGAAGACGAGGGCGAGGCUGACCUGGAGUCUGAGGAGGACAGUGACGAGGAGAUGGAAGAGGCGACCGAUGAGAAGAAGGCGGAUGCCAGGGACGAAGUAUCCGAGGUUGAGGGUGAAGAUGAAGAUGAGGAUGCCAACGGUGGUAUGGAUGUUGCUGGCACCGAUGACGAGAGUGAGAGCGAUGAGGAAGACGAGGACUUUGGCGGAUUUGAUGAUGACGAAGCGGCUUCUGAAUCGGAAGACGACGAGGAAUCCGCUCGGACACAACACCAGAAGGAACUCGAGGCCGAGGCUGCUGGUCUUCCUUUCUCGAACGGUGCUGCCGAUGAGUCGGGCAGCAAGAAGGCCAAGCAGGCCAAGAAGAAUGCCUCCAAGAAGCGCAAGGAAGAGGAGGAACUGGAGCGACAGAAGAUGAUGAUGAGCCGAAAGAAGCGGAAGUUGCUUGAGAAGAUGAUGUACUCGAACAAGAAGCAGUCGGACGAAGCCGCGAAGUUGCGGUCGAAGCGAAGAAAGCUUGAGAAGAAGGACGAGAAAUAA